AUGGCCGAUAAGAAGAUAACAAAUUGGUCAAAAGGACACGCUUUCGAAGAUGCUCUUCGUAAAUUAUUUAAUGAUAAUAGAAUAAUUGCUCACAUAAUUCAAGUCUCUGAAGGAGAUGGAGAAUUAGAUUUAUUACUUUCGUACCAAGGUAAUCAAAUCUGUGUACAGUCUAAAGAUAGAGAAAAUGCUCUUACAUUAUCCAUGAUCAAAGACUUUGAAGCUACGAUGAUUCAUUUUAAAAGUUCAUUAGGAAUUUUGGUUUAUAAUAGUGAGAUGAUGAAAACAGAAAAAUAUUUGACCAAACAAGCUAAACUUUGGUUAGACAAUUCAACUCAAGAAUUAAUUGUUUGUAACGAAAAACAAGUUGUUGAGAAAAUUAAGAAUUUUUUCAAAAAUGAAAAAGAUUCGAUAGAAGAAUUAAUUUUAACUGAUUUUAAAGCGGAUAAAUUUUCUUUAAUGGGAAUUAUUUCUGAAAAUACUACAAAGAAAACAAAGAUAAUUGUAUUUACUGGAACUAUUGGUGUUGGCAAGACUACUUGCGCUAAAUUAUUCGAAGCUUUCCUUAAAACAAAAGGAUUUACCAUAAAUCAUCACAAAGAACUUUCACUACAAGUUAUCGAAGAAUUUCAUAUAUUCAAAAAAGACAAACCAAAGAAUUUUCUUUUUUUCCAAUACAUUUUGUUACAUCACUUUAAACAACAAAUUUACGAAAUUAAAAAGAAUAAUUUUAGUUUUUUAUGGUUUCUAUGGAAGGUUGAUUAUAUUAUUCUCGAUCGUACUCAGAAGGAUAUGAAGAUAUUCAAUAAAAUUUUCCAAGAUCCGAGCGAGAAAGAAUAUAUCGACAAAAAAGUUAAUGCGAUCGAACCACUUAACUUCUAUAAGGUUGUUUUUGUGACUGUUCUAAUCAAAAUGUCUAUUGAACGGCAGCAAAAGAGAGCUCGUUUAGGUGAAUUGGUCGAUAGAGAGUAUUUGGAAAUACUUAAUGCUUAUUACCUUGAAGAUAUUGAUUUGGUAUAUCCCAAGAAUUUAAAUUUUGAAAAUAUUGUUAAUCUCUGUGGUGAUGAUUGCGCACAAUGUCUCG